ACAAUGGGGUUCCUUUCUUUCUUAUCCUACUCUCUGCUUUACUUGGCACUCUUUCUCGUUUUCAAGCUUCUCCUUCAAUCAAGAAAAUUCAAAAACCUUCCACCGGGUCCGCCUUCUCUUCCCAUAAUCGGAAACCUUCACCACCUCAAACGCCCACUCCACCGCACCUUCAAAGGCCUCUCAGAUAAAUACGGACCCGUCAUCUCCCUUUGGUUUGGAUCGCGCCUUGUCGUCGUUUGUCACUCACACUCCCUUUUCCAAGAAUGUUUCACCAAAAACGACGUCGUUUUGGCAAACAGACCUCGCUUUCUCUCCGGCAAAUACAUCUUCUACAACUACACCACUUUGGGCUCCACCGCCUACGGCGAGCACUGGCGCAACCUCCGCCGUAUCACCGCCCUCGAUGUCCUCUCAACGCACCGUAUCAACAACUACUCUGGAAUACGAAAGGACGAGACUCAGAGGCUUAUACGAAAGCUUGCUGAGGACUCUUCUAACGACUUCACUGAAGUCGAACUCACUUCCAAGUUCUACGACAUGACGUUUAACAACAUCAUGAGAAUGAUCUCCGGAAAGAGAUACUAUGGGGAUAACUGUGAUAUGGCCGAUGUUGAGGAAGCCGAGCAGUUCAGAGCCAUGGUGUCCGAGUUGCUGCAGUUGUCGGGGGCGAACAACAAGAACGAUUUCAUGCCUAUACUUAGGUUGUUUGAUUUUGAGAAUUUGGAGAAGAGGCUUAAGAAGAUUAGUAACAAAACCGAUACGUUCUUGAAAGGACUCCUUCAGGAACAUCGCACCAAGAAGCAGCGCGCAAACACCAUGGUUGAUCAUCUCCUAAGUCUUCAAGAAUCACAGCCUGAGUAUUAUACUGAUCAAAUCAUCAAAGGCCUUGCUUUGGGCAUGCUUCUUGCUGGAACUGACUCGUCAGCUGUAACCUUAGAGUGGGCAUUAUCUUGUGUGCUGAACAAUCCAGAGGUGUUGAAGAGGGCAAGGGAUGAAUUGGAAACUCAUGUGGGACAAGAUCGUUUGUUGGAUGAGUCUGAUCUUUCGAAACUACCUUACCUUAAAAAUAUUAUCUAUGAGACACUUAGGUUGUACACCCCUGCUCCAUUGUUAUUGCCACACUCCUCUUCAGAGGACUGCGUUAUUGCGGGAUAUAAUGUUCCACGGGACACCAUAGUCUUGAUUAAUGCUUGGUCAAUUCAUAGAGACCCUAAGAUGUGGAGUGAUGCCACAAGUUUCAAGCCCGAUAGGUUUGAGAAAGAAGGAGAGUUAGAUAAGUUAAUUGCAUUCGGGUUGGGAAGAAGGGCUUGUCCCGGAGGAGGUUUGGCUAUGCGUGCAAUUGGCUUGACUUUGGGAUUAUUGAUUCAAUGCUUUGACUGGAAACUCAUAGAUGAUAAAGAGAUUGAUAUGAGAGAGGAAAGUGGAUUCACUUUGUCAAGGUUAAUCCCAUUGAAGGCCAUGUGUAAAACACGUCCAGUCAUCAACAAGCUUGUCAAGUGAUUUGUUGUUUUGCCUUGCCUCGUGUUUGAGUAUACAUCGACAAUAAAAUGAAAUGUAAUAAUUUUUAUAAUUUCAAAGUAAAACACAUACAUAUGCAUCAAUACUUUUAUUGGUGCUAUAAUAAAUGCACAAGAGGGUCAUGUAUGUGGACUGAGCUGAGUAUGCAUUAAUUGGUGUCAUCUAAACUAUGUAAAACUAUAGGGUUUUCAAUUCUCAAAUAAAUUUCUUUGCUUGUAAUUCAUAUUAUUAAUGACAGAUCUUCCCCUUUUCCUUCCC